CGCGGUGUUUACGAGUGAAUGAGGGGCGGGGCGGGCGGCGCGGCAGGGCGGGCUCCGCGGCCGCGCCGAGGGGGCGGCGGCGACGCUUGAGGCGCGCGGGUCGGCGCGGCUCCGCUCCGCUCCGCUCCGCUCCGCUCCGAGGCGGGGCCGGGCCGGUGUCGCUGCCCGCGGCGCCAGGGGCGGCCGGUGCCCCGCCGCUGCGGCAUGGGGGUCGGGCCGCGGCGGGGGCCCCGGGGGCGGCGCUGACCGGAGCCUCAGCGCCGGGGCCGCGGGCGGGCGGGAGGAAGGCGCGGCGGCGCCCGGUGCCCGCGGCACGGCUCGGCGGCCCCGGCGGGGCUCGGGACCCGGAAGCAGAAGCGGGGCCGGGAGACGGCUGGAUGGGAAGGGGCGGCGGCGGCGGCGGGCGGCGAUGGGGGAGCAGCAGAGCUCGCUGAGCGCCCCGCGGGCCGCCGCCGCCGUGCCGCCGAGCCCGGCCGGCGGGGCGCGGGCGCGGGAGCCCGGCGCGGGCGAGCCGCCGCGGGAGGCGGCCCCAGGCGGCGCGGCGGCGGGGCCCGCGCCAAGCGGGGAGCCGUCGCCUGCCGGCAGCCCCGAGCGGAGCGGGGCGGGCGGCGAGGAGGCGGAGGCCGGGCCGGAGCCGAGGGGUGGCGGGGAGCCGUCGGAGGAGGGCCCGGCGCCGGAGAGGGGCAGCGGGCGGCGGCGGCUGCCGCCGCCGCGGCAUGUGUACUGCACCGUGUACUGCGUGGAGAACGACCGGCCCGCGGCGGCCCCUGCCGCCUCCCCCGGCAGCGGCGGCGGCGGGCAGCCCCCGGCGCGGCGCGGCGCGGCGGCGGGCGGCGACCCGCUGUCGGCGGGCGGCAGCAUCGAGGUGGUGGACUUGUACCUGCUGCCGGAGCCUUUCUCCGGGCUCAUCGCCGGCGACUUCGGGCCGCUGCUGGUGCUGAGCUGCCGCGUGUGCCUGGAGGAGAAGCCCAUCAAGCCGCUGUCCUGCUGCAAGAAGGCGGUGUGCGAGGAGUGCCUCAAGCGGUACCUCAGCUCCCAGGUGCAGCUGGGACAAGCAGAUAUAAAAUGCCCGAUCACAGAGUGCAGCGAACACCUGGAUGAAACAACUGUCCUCUAUAAUCUGCCCCAUGAUGACAUCAUCAAGUAUAAAUAUUUCCUGGAACUCAGCCGCAUUGACUCCAGCACCAAGCCAUGCCCUCAGUGCAAGCACUUUACUACCUUCCAGAGGAGAAGCCACAUUCCUACCCCUGCCAAAUUGGAGAACAAAUACAAAAUCCAGUGUCCAUCUUGCCAAUUUGUCUGGUGUUUUAAGUGCCACUCUCCCUGGCAUGAAGGUGUUAACUGUAAAGAAUACAAAAAGGGAGACAAGCUGUUGCGUCACUGGGCCAACGAAAUUGAGCAUGGGCAAAGGAAUGCCCAGAAGUGUCCAAAAUGCAAGAUCCACAUCCAGAGAACAGAAGGGUGUGACCACAUGACCUGUUCACAAUGUAACACUAAUUUCUGUUACCGUUGUGGGGAGAGAUACCGCCAGCUCCGUUUCUUCGGAGAUCACACGUCAAACCUCAGUAUCUUUGGAUGCAAAUACCGCUACCUCCCUGAGAGACCACAUUUAAGGAGAUUAGUGCGAGGCUCUGUCUGUGCUGGAAAACUACUCAUUACACCCCUAAUACUGGUUCUUGGACUGGCACUGGGAGCCAUAGCUGUUGUAAUAGGUUUAUUUGUGUUUCCUAUCUAUUGCCUUUGUAAAAAGCAGAGGAAAAGGUCACGAACAGGUAUGCCCUGGUAAGGAUGGACCUUACUCAUCUGAACUGAGCUGGUCCUGCAAGGGCUAUACAUGGUUUGUGCAAGAGAGCAAUACAGUGCUGGUAACAGCGCCCAAGCCACCGCCCUGGAAGAAGCACGGGGGAUCUCCUGCCAUCUUCCCUCAGCCAAGAACCCUACUGCAGACCAGAAAUCCUCUUUGCUCUGGUGCACUCUGAACAAGAUGGGCCCCCUGACUGCUGCUUUUUAAAUGUGUUUUUUUGUUUUGUUUUGGGUUUUUUUGUUGUUAUUGGAGUUUUUUGAAGAUUUAGAUCUAAGUUUGUGAACUAGACAAUCAAAGUCUGUAUUGUAGCCACAACUCUACUACCAAUUAGGCCUGUGAAGAAAGCAUUUAACUGCUAACAUGUGCUCCAUUUAACUUCAGUGUCGGCCUUUAAGGGAGAAAUGCUUAGAAGUGUUCGGACUCUCACUGUACACUGAACAUUCUACUUUUGGUAUUAAAAACUAAUUCUGUAAAUAA